AUGUUGAGCGAUUUCAUUUCCAAAGCCUCACGAGGCACAAACGAAUCUAGCAAGAAAGAGGAUGAUUCGGUCGCUGCAUCAAACUCAUCCACGUUGGGUAUGGUCCAAGCCGCAGACGGAGCUACAGGGACAUAUCCUUCGCCUGACAGCUCUCCCUAUUUCUUGAAGGAUGGCGAUGAUGCUCCUGUUUUUGUCGCCCGUUGCCCUUCGACAACUCCAUUUCCUCAUGUUCGUCUUGUCGAUGGAAGCUUGACCUACGACAAUGUUCAAACCCCUCCUGACACAGUCCACGAUGGCGCUGAGACGAAAGUCGAAGAAACCGCUGACGAAAAGAUCCAACAAACGGUCCAUUUCGACAAAGAGGAUGAAGGAAACAAUGAAGACGAGCCAGCUGAUACCAAGGCAUCCACUGGAACAAUCACCUCAGAACCCACUACGAAUGAACAUGAUUUGAUUCUAGAAGCCAAUGAUCCCAUGUCUCUAUCGUUGAAUGCGUCUGACUUGGAUAUGUCAGCCAUCAACGACUUGACGCUUACUACUCCUUCAAAGACAAGCGAAACCAUCGAGGAUUCUUUUGAAAAUACAGGCGAUGCGGCCACUGAUGUUGAUCUGAUCAACUUUGAAAUGAAGGAAAAGGAAAUUUUGCAGGAGGCAGCAAGUCCAAAGUCCGAGCAAAGUGCCAUUCAAGUCGAGAACAAGAAGACGCUUUUGUCUAAAGUUACAAAGAAGAUGAAACGCAUGCACGAACUACCAUCAAGACCUGCGCUGCUACUAUCCGUGUUAUUGGGCGCUUCUCUGCUUUUCUUUGCAUCUCGUCGUUAUGCACACGCUGAUGUGGCUCCCAAGCCAGUGCAAAUGUCAAAAAACCUCAUCGAAUCUGCCACUCAGCCAGAGACAUUAAAGAAUACCACUGCACCUGAUAUUGGAAUCACCAAGGAGGAUGAAAGUGCUACAGGCAACAAUUCUACUAGUACGCAGGCAAAUGCGGUCGCUAAAGUGGAAGUCCUUCCGGUUCUACUGAACGCAAGUGACCCUGUGGAAGAGUUCGCUGUCGAGAAAGAGGGGAACCAGAAAGGCCCUAGCGCUCGCAUCAGUGUUUCAUCCAAUGCCCAAAAUAUUAUCAAGAGCCAGGCUGCAUAUGGCUCUGACGAAUUCCCAAGCUUGGAUGUAAAUGACACCUUCUCAUGUGGUUCUUCCCAAUGGAAUAUGGGCGUGGCCAUCCCACAGAUUGCCAUGCUAGCCAUGCUACUAUUUGCCUCCACUUCCAUGUUUGGAAGCAAGCGCCCCAAGAUUGUUCAUCCCAAGAAAGAAUCGGUCAAGCGUGAGCAUCACAUUUCGCCUCUAGCAAGCAAGGCACUCGAGAGCUACGAUUUAUCCAAAUACUUUGAUGAUCACACUCAUGACCAGCUCCGUGAGAUGCUGCGAGUCAGAAAGUGCAAAACAAUUGGCAAAAAACAUAUUCUAGUGCAACGUCUUGCCAGCGUGUACAAGGCCGAAUUGGAAACAUUGACUGUAGUCCAGCUUCGCAAGAUCCUCAAGUCCAAGAACUUUACUCAGUACGGAUCAAAGACCGAGAUCAUUCGCGUAAUUGUGGAAGAAUGUCCUUGA